AUGUUUCCCGUCGAGCCGGUGGAGGACCGGUGGAUUCGUUUGCCUUGUGUCGAAAGUCUUCCUAGCGAAAGGGUGGUCAGGCGGCGUGUUCUUUGGGAUUAUAAUGGCGGUACAAGAUGGUCGGAUCGUAUGGAUUUCGUUCAAGGGGAGGCUCAAGGUCGUCUUAUGACGAAUGUUGAACGUGGUCGCCGGCAUUUAUCCCCGACGGUGAGCUGCCAUAAGUGUUCGCUGCACGAGGAGACUCUUCUGCACGUUCUCCGCGAUUGCGCGGCUGCUACCCAGGUCUGGCUUCGCUUAGUCCCGGUGGUCGCGCGGCCGAAAUUCUUCUGUCUACAGUUCCGCUCAUGGCUCACGUCGAACCUCUUUAACCGACCCCACAUCCUGGUGGACGAUGACUCUUGGGAGUAUACCUUUGGCGUUACUUUGUGGAAAAUAUGGCUCUGGCGAAACUCUUCGGUGAGGGAAAUCCGAGCCUUUGUGAAUAGUAUAUUGCACUUUGCCGAAGGGGCUAGGAAGGUCGGUAGUACCGGGACUACUCGGUUCCAGCGUCUUGUAUGUUGGGAACCACCGUCGGACUCGUGGAUAAAGAUGAACUCGGAUGGGGCCCAUAAUGGUUCCUCAGGUUUGGCAUCGGCGGGUGGGUUGCUUCGUGAUUCCCAUGGUGCAUGGGUCGGUGGUUUUGUGAUGAUGAUUGGGGAAUGCUCUAUUAUGGCGGCAGAAUUAUGGGGAUUAUUUCAAGGCCUUACUCUGGCAUGGAAUCUUAGAUACCGUCGGGUUGAGGCUGAGGUGCGGAUUUCUCAUAUCUAUCGUGAGGCAAACUUUGCGGCAGACUAUAUAGCAACUUUGGCGGCUUCGACAGCUCUUGGGUGUCACCAACUCGCUGCUCCGCCUUCUGGUGUCGUUCCGUGGAUCGAGCAUGAUUUGAAGGGUGUUUCCUAUCCACGAAAUUCGAACUUGACUUUCUCGGUUGAUCACGGGUCACCAAGAGUUGAUGCGCGUUGGGUGUGGUCCGAGUGCGUGCACGUCGGGUGCUACAGGUUCGUCGGUCUCGGGUUUGCGAACAGGUCGCGCGUCGGGUGCUGCAGGCGGCAGGCGUGUGUGCGUGCGUGUGCAUCUGAGGAUAUCGGGGCGUGCAUGGCAAGUCUCAUAGAAGCUGGAAGAUUGCGGCGCGCGAUGUUCUCGGGAGAGGGCAGCGAGCGAACAGGGACGGCGUCGCAGGGAGGUCGCGGAGAAUCACUCGAGCACCUGGGAGCGUGCGGCUACGGUGAACGACUCAUUGCGGCGUGUUGCUGGAGGGCUGAGAUACUCAGCAGUCGCGUGAGGCGGCGAAGCGUUGUGCACGGCUGGUACACGGUGGCUGAUACGGUAGUUUCCCAUGGCUUGAGGGUCGCCGAAAUAAAUCCGUCGGGAUGCUCGAAAUAUAUUGGACCCUAA